AAACAUAACUACGCUGCCGCUAAUAAAGCAAUAUCACGAGUCCAAAAGGGGCCCAAACCCAAAAUUUGAAGCAAUCUUGUAAGAAGAAACUGAAAAUUGCAGGGUCCAGCGUGUGAAGGACGGACACCCACAGCAAGAUUAACCAAAACUCUUUAAGGACUAAUAAUCCCACAAAUUCACGGAAACCAACCGUAUAUAAGCCCUGGCUCUGAAUUUGACGAUGAUAACUUGCCGUUAACAAUUGGACUCCGCCACCUCCACUUCCGGUUGUUGGUCAGGGUUUGGCGAAUUGCAAUUUAUUGAUGAGAAAGCAAAACGAUGAACAAAAAAUCAAGUUGCUGUGCCAUCUGUGAGAAUUCGAAUCGCGCCUCCAUUUGUCCAAUUUGUGUCAAUUACAGAUUGAAUGAAUAUGGCACUUUGUUGAAAUCCUUGAAUAGUCGCCGCGAUUCCUUGUACUCCAAAUUAAGUGUUGUGCUUAUCGCAAAGGGGAAGGCAGAUGAUCAAUUCAAUUGGAGAGUACAACAAAAUGAGAAGCUUGCAAGUUCGAGAGAGAAGCUACAUCGUAAUAAGGAACAACUUGCUCAAGGGAAGGCUAAGGUCGAGAAGCUGUCUCAAGAUUUAAAGAAAAAAAAUGGAAUGCUUGAAUCAGCUCGCAAUGUGUUGGAAAAAAAUCGUAUGGAACAACUGGAGAAGUUCUAUCCCAAUCUUAUUUGCACUCAGAGUUUAGGGCAUAUGGCUAUUACUUCUGAACUACUUCAUAAGCAGUCUGUGGUCAUAAAGCAGAUAUGUAAAUUGUUCCCUCAACGCCGGGUGAAUGUAGAUGGGGAGAGGAACUUUAGUGGUCAAUAUGAUCAAAUCUGUAAUGCACGCUUACCAAGAGGACUCGAUCCCCACUCUGUUUCAUCUGAAGAGCUUGCUGCCUCCUUGGGAUACAUGGUGCAGCUUCUAAAUCUAGUGGCUCAUAACUUGGCUGCCCCUACACUUCAUAAUGCAGGUUUUGCGGGCUCUUGCUCUCGAAUUUGGCAGCGAGAUUCUUAUUGGAAUGCAUGUCCUUCUUCUAGAAGUAAUGAAUAUCCCCUCUUUAUACCUCGCCAGAAUUAUUGCUCUACUAGUUCUGAAAAUUCAUGGACUGAUAAAAGCUCGAGUAAUUUUGGUGUUGCUUCAAUGGAAUCAGAGAGAAGGCCCCACCUAGAUUCCACAAGAAGUAAUAGCUUCAAUUAUUCAUCCGUGUCUCCACAUUCUGUUGAAACACACAAGGACUUGCAAAAGGGGGUUUCACUUCUCAAAAAAAGUGUGGCAUGUGUAACAGCAUAUUGUUAUAACUUGUUAUGUUUAGAUGUUCCUUCUGAUACGUCUACCUUCGAAGCAUUUGCAAAAUUAUUGUCCACACUAUCUUCAUCCAAGGAAGUUCGGUCUGUAUUUAACUUGAAAAUGGCCUGUUCAAGGUCAUGCAAGCAAGUGCAAAAGUUGAACAAAUCUGUGUGGAAUGUAAAUUCUGCCAUCUCAUCAAGUGCACUAUUGGAGAGUGCACAUGCAUUGCAACUGAUGAAAAACACUAGUGAUAAUAACCUUCCAAAUUCGGCGGCAAGUUUUCUUUUUGCCACUGGGAUAUCUGAUGGGAAGAAUGAGAGCUUUAUCGAUGGAUGGGAUCUGGUCGAACACCCCACCUUUCCUCCCCCGCCAUCACAAGUUGAGGAUAUUGAGCAUUGGACUCGAGCCAUGUUUAUAGAUGCCACAAAGAAAUGAUCUAUUUGGUGGUGCAACAACCUUCAAACUUUUAGUGUGAGAAGGAGACGGGUCAUCGAGAGACAGGCUUUAUCGAGUUGUAAAGUUUAACAUGGUUGGCCUUCGUGUUUCUUUUUAUUGUAAAUACAAAAGGAUAGAUGCUGUGUACAUAUACUGGUAUAUAUAUGUUGGGAUAUUCAUCUACUUCA